UUGUAAGUCUAGUGAGCAGUCAUGCAUAGGUUCACCGUUUUGGUUGUCGUUCUUACGGCUUUGACAGUACUCCAAGGAAUCCAGGCUAAGACCUUCACCGAGUGUGGGCUAGCCAAUUUGCUUAAAUCCAAAUAUGGUUUCAGUCAGACAAAAACAAAUAACUUCGUCUGUCUGGCGAAAGCCGAGAGUUCCCUAUCUACGACCGCCACCCAUAAGAACUCGAACGGAUCCACCGAUUACGGACUGUUUCAAAUCAACAACAACUACUGGUGCAGCACCCCCGGAUUCAAAUCGGCCGGAAAUGAUUGCAACAUUCCAUGUUCUGACUUGCUAACCGACGACAUCACUAAGGCAGUAAAAUGUGCCAACUUAAUCUACAGCCGACAGGGAUACUCGGCCUGGUACGGAUGGACAGCCAAAUGCAAGAGCGGUGUCAAGGAUCUCUCCUCGUGUUAAGCUUGGAUUGAGUGAAAUGAUUGAAUGUAUUUACUUCGCUACAAGCUAUAUUAUCGAUGAAUAUACUGCAACUAUGAAAAUUCAA